AUGCUGCGUAACCACUACAAGCGAUUGAACAGCAUAGCGCGCGGCCAGCGCAUCGUGGUGCUACCCCCGACGAUGUCUCCGGCUUCUGCCCUACUCAACUGCGCACAGUAUUUGGGAUAUCAAAUUUCGCACAUUUAUCUGGGAUGGCUUGUCAUGACAAUUAUGUUUAUCAUCAUCUUGGCUGCCAUUGUAUUUACCACGGUGUUACCGCUGGUCGACGUGUACGACGACUUUUUCUGGGGGCCUAUUGUGUUGACGGCGUUGCCCACCAUUCUAUGCAGCCUAGCGUUUUCCCGCUUGCAACUCUUGCUGGUCAAGCGGCGCUACAUGUUGGAUCGGGCUUCGGUAGCGGUCAAUCGUCGGCGCGAAUACCUUUUGGUCGAGUAUGGUUUACUCUUCUUCAAUGCCAUCUCGGGCGCUCUCAGCUGCAUCAAGCGUUGGAUCUAUACCUCCUUCUUUGCCGUGGUGUUUAUACCUCGCCUGGACAUGACGACCUUGCCAGCUGGUUAUGAAAGCCUGGAUAGCGGUGUGUGUGUGUGUGUGUGUGUGUGUGUGUGUGUGUGUGUGUGUGUGUGUGUGUGUGUGUGUGUGUGUGUGUGUGUGUGUGUGUGUGUGUGUGUGUGUGUGUGUGUGUGUGUGUGUGUGUGUGUGUGUGUGUGUGUGUGUGUGUGUGUGUGUGUGUGUGUGUGUGUGGUCGCACAUGGAACCUACAUGGGCAUGCUCAUGAUUGACGCGUAUUACGGCAACGCGGUCAUGAUCACGUUUGUGCGAAUCUUGCUGUCUGGGUUCGAGGAACGGCACGGGGCGUUGGAGGCUGUGUUCCGCCCUCGACGCUGUGUCUGUUGCGGGGCUCGUUCGCGCAAGCGUCGCGGCGUCUCGGGUGACUACGACGACGAUGACCUGGACCUGCGUCGGGACUUGCUGCUGGCACAGCACUACGUGGUGGAAGACUCGGGUCUCAAGGUGACCAUGACUUCGGCCAAGCGCCGGAUGGUGGCUCGGAAUCGCUGGUUCUUGGCCUGGACUUUAUUGCACAAUCCAGAGUUGCGCCGACAUCGUCGCAGCCACGUGACGGGUGCCUCCAUUUUCUAUGCGGAUGCCGGCCCUGCCGUCAGCGGGCCCCUUUCGCUCUCCGACGACCCCGGAUCCGAGGCCGAAGCCUAA